GGUAGAUUUACUCAUUCUUGUUUCUGACGGUGAUUAUCGAAGAUACGUUUGAGUGAAUCGACGGUUUUACACAUGUCUCCGAGUGUUGCUCUCCACAAGGCUGAGAAGAAUGACUCAGACGAAUGUACAGAGAUUUCUAGGAAUGACGAUCACAGGAAGCAAAUCCUUACAUCUUACUAAGAUUGUCUACAGUUUUAUGAUCAUAUCAGAACAUGCAAGAUUUAUGGAGCACACGAAUUUUGCACUGGGGGAAAACACAGAUGUUUUGACAUUGCGCUUGGCUCGGUGAUGAAGAUCUGGCAUGUUCGGCGGUUUCCGCUCUGACUGCCAAAGCAAAGCUUUGAGGAUUCAGUGAUGGACUUGUUCGUCCGAAUUUUGAGCGACUAUGAUGCCGUAAAUGCAGCCAGACGUCUUUUAUACGAGGUGUAUAUUAGUGAGAUGGGCUGGGAUUUUCGUAGUGAUAGUCCGACAGGUUUUCGUAUCGAUAAAGACGACCAAAACAAACCUAUCCUUUGCGAUACUUUUGACGACUCAUCUGUUUGGUUUGGAGCGUACAAAGGAGAUAGCCUGAUCGGAGUUACCCGAGCAGUCCAACGGAACAACUCUUUAGGAAAGCUUGACCUUGAACUGUACCCAGCCAGUCAACUACCGUCCAUGAAGAGAAUUCUCCGCCCAAAGGCCGACCAACCGUUAGUGGAAGUGCAACGAGGGGCGGUAGCCAAGGACUACAGAAACACACAACCAAGCAUAAUCCAGCUGCUUCUUCAUUCCGCUUUUAGCUACGCGCUCGAGAAAGGACUGAAUGUGGUUUGCCCAACAGUUUUCCCUGUGUUAGAGACAUUAUUUAGCCGAGCUGGGAUGCGGUUAGUGGAGAAAAAGUUUACAUACGGAGAGGGCUGUGAUGAAUGGCCCACCUACAUUUUCUACUGCUCCUCAGAAGACAUGGCCCAAGUUGUAAACAAACUGAAGACAGCCGCAAGAAAAAGAAAAGCAAGCGUUUCACAAGAAAGAGGGCACGCCAAGCGGGGAAGGUUUCUUGUAGUGUAAAUGUUUGUUUCAAAAAUGACGAUCGGUUAAAAGGUUAUGUUAUGAUUUUCAAUCAAUAACAAAGAUGUCGUGUGUAAAUCGUUGAAAAAAAGUUAGUUUUGAACAGGAGUGAUGAGCUCCUGGUUUUGAACCAAUGGGUUUAAUUUACAACCAAAAUAUCACCAAGAAAUUUGAA